ACUUGACAGUACUCACUUUCACAACAUAGACAUAGAAUAUUUUUUUCGACGCUUGUAUGUCCCACUCGUUGUUAUUAUAUAUCAGUGGUUCUACUUUUUAGCCUAUGACUUGGGUGUAUUAAUUAGCCUUAACAUACUUAGCUGUCACAGGUGUGAAUGGGGCUCAAAGGGUAAAGGCACUGUCCUGAGGGAGGUUAUCUUUGCCACGCGCAGGAUCUUCGGAUAGUGAGUUACACCACCAACUAUCAAAGUGCAGAAACCUGUCGCAGUGAUAGCGAGCAGUAGGCUAUUUCUUCUUAUUUCUAAAAGCGAGUUAUUCAGGGGGGCUGCUGCAUCGAUUUUACAGUUACAAAGAUAACCACCUGAAACGGGGCUUACGCCAACGGUGUAUGGAACUGCUGUAGGUAAUGAAAUGACAUACUUUCUCACUUUUUCCCCACUGCUCCUGAGCGUCCUGUUGCUACUGCUCAGCGGCAUCAUCACACCUGCAUACACAGAUGAUGUGUGUAGCUGCACCGGAAAGUCCAGGUGUCACUGUGAUGGAGUAAAAGGCAGUAAGGGUGAGCCUGGGUAUCCAGGUUAUGAUGGGUUGCCAGGAGUGGUUGGUUAUCCAGGUUUUGAAGGUAAUCCUGGACCUUUUGGCCCUAAGGGAAAUCUUGGCUUUCCUGGAUUGUCAGGACCCAAAGGCUCACGGGGUCUCCCUGGGAAACAUGGGUUCUCUGGACCACCUGGGCAGCCAGGAAUCCCAGGAAAUGAAGGACCAAUGGGGCCAUCAGGAACCCCAGGAUGCAAUGGGACGAAGGGGGACAGUGGAUACCCAGGGUUACCUGGGGUGCCGGGACCUGUUGGAUUACCAGGUGUUCAUGGAUUGCCAGGAUUUAAGGGAGACUCCUACUACUUCCCACCCGCUGCUGAGGUUGAUGGAGAUCUUGGACCACAAGGGAGAGAUGGUGUCAAGGGACAGAGAGGGUUACCUGGACGGCCGGGUCUUCCUGGGCUGGAUGGACCGAGCGGGACUCCAGGAUUACCUGGUUUAACAGGUGUACAGGGAGAGAAGGGCCAGGAAGGUCCAAGCCCUGUAAUUCCAGGCCCAAGAGGUCAAAAGGGUGACCAAGGCCCUCCCGGGAUACCUGGACAGAAGGGCAUAAAGCUGUAUGCAGAGGGACCCAAGGAACUGAAGGGGGAGCCAGGUGAUACCGGAGAGAAGGGGUGUACAGGCCAGCAUGGUCUCCCUGGGCGUCGUGGAUAUAAAGGGAACAAAGGCGACCAAGGAGAACCUGGAGCUCUGGGGAAACCUGGGAAAGAUGGGGACCCUGGGACCUAUGGAAUUCAGGGUGAGAAAGGUGAUGUGGGCUACCAGGGACCUCCUGGAACAGAAGGUUCAAUGGGUGACAAAGGUGACCGCGGACCCACAGGUCCUCCAGGGGAUUUGAUUCAGAUCAAUGGGAGAAUCAAAGGCUUGCAGGGUUUUCCUGGGCCCCUCGGACCCCCUGGCUAUACUGGUAAUCAAGGUGUGAUUGGUUUUCCUGGAAUGAAGGGGGAACCAGGGUUGUCUUUCCCUGGGGCCCCUGGGAAUCCUGGUCCCCCUGGUUUAGCUGGGGAUAAAGGGGAGAGGGGGGAGCCUGCCCCCUACAUAAUUGGCCCCCCUGGACCCACUGGCCCCCCUGGAAACGAUGGCCCCAUAGGCGACCGUGGUCCCCCUGGAAUUCCAGAUCUGUUGAGAGGCAACCCUGGACCACCCGGUCCUAAAGGCAUCAAAGGCAUCCCAGGACAACCAGGAGAUAGAGGCGGGUUUGGAGAAACAGGUGAGAAGGGUGAUGUCUGUCGACUCUGCACGCCCACUAAUAUUAGCCCUGGACCACCUGGACCUCCCGGAGAGCCUGGUAGGCCUGGAGAUACAGGUCGAGAUGGUGAUCCUGGAUCCAAGGGAUCUAGAGGAGUCAAAGGUCUUGGAGGUCCACCAGGUCCACAGGGUCCCUAUGGUUUACCAGGUGUGCCAGGUUCUACAGGACCCAAGGGGGACAAAAGUCCCAUGUCCCCAGGAGACAGGGGGCCUGUUGGCUCACCUGGGGCUCCUGGAGUUCCUGGGAGCGAUGGGACUGACGGGGUCCCUGGAUACCCAGGACUGAAAGGCCAGCCUGGGCUAAAGGGCAACCCUGGACCUCCGGGGCCCAAGGGUGAUCGGGGCGAUGCCGGCUCUCAGGGUAUACGUGGACGGACAGGCCAGAUGGGGACUCAGGGCCCCCCAGGUGUGGGGCCCCCAGGGGGCCCUGGACAGAAGGGCAACCUGGGGGUGCAAGGCCUGCGAGGGAGACCUGGAGAUCCAGGAGAGAAAGGCUCAGCGGGUGAGACGGUAACAACCACAGGAGACCCAGGACUGAAGGGAGAGAAGGGUCAUCAAGGCAACCCAGGACCUUCAGGGAAUCCUGGUAUAAAUGGCUAUCCUGGCUUCCCUGGCAAUUUCGGCACCAAGGGGGAUAGAGGUCUGUCUGUCCGGGGCCCUCCUGGCAACACUGGGCCUAAAGGUGAGAAGGGCCAGCCGGGGGUUGCUGGUGCCCCAGGGAUUGGUAGUAUGGGACGACCAGGACCAUCCGGAGCUCCCGGGAUGCCAGGUCCUAAGGGUGAUUUCAGACCAGGGCUCCCAGGGCUGCCAGGUAGACCAGGCCCCCCAGGGGAGGAUGGUUCUCUGGGGCUGACUGGAGACUCUGGUCUGCCUGGGCUUGGGAGAUCGCCUGGCCUACCAGGAAGAGAUGGUCCACAGGGAGACAGAGGCAGUAAAGGUGCUGAGGGCUUGCCUGGUCUGCCUGGGGUUGCUGGGGAGUGUACGCUAGGCAUUCCAGGCACUCCGGGGGCUGUAGGUCUCAAAGGAAUCAUUGGCUUAACAGGGACCAGAGGACAGAAGGGCGUGCAGGGCGAUUCAGGUCUGCCUGGCAGAGGGGCCCCAGGAUUGAUUGGGCCGUUUGGACGGCCCGGGUUUGAUGGACCCCCAGGACCUGGGGGGGCUGCCGGCCUGAAUGGAUUCAGAGGAAGAGAUGGUGUACCUGGGGUACCAGGCCUGAGAGGAGACAUGGGGCCAUCAGGAGCGUGUGGUACACCAGGACCAGAUGGAGGCCCAGGACCAGGGGGACGACUUGGCCCUAAAGGUCUGAUGGGUGCUGAUGGGGUGAAGGGCCGUGUAGGAGCCAGGGGACCUGUGGGAGAUUCUGGGGCUCCUGGCGAUAUUGGAGUCACAACAUACAUCGAGGUCCCUGGGGACCCUGGGGACCCAGGACCUAGAGGUCUAAGGGGCUUAACAGGUGCCAAAGGAGAUCUAGGUGUGAUAGGGCACAAUGGAGCCAGUGGCAAGGAUGGGAUUCCCGGGAGCGCCGGGCCGCAAGGUGCUGUUGGCGACCCAGGCAGAGAUGGCCAGAAAGGAAGUCCUGGUUUCAAUGGAAAUCCUGGAGUCGCAGGAGAUAUGGGUGUGCCAGGUGUAAAGGGUGAGAAAGGGGGAACAGGAGGUCGUGGAGAGCCUGGUUCAUCGGGAAGACCAGGUCCAAAUGGAGUAAAUGGAGUGAAAGGAGAGCCCAGCCUCCCUGGACCAGGAGCUAAAGGACGACAAGGAGAAAAGGGAGUGCCAGGGUUUCCAGGUUUUCCAGGAGAGAAGGGGGAGAUGGGUGUAGCGGGGAGGUUCGGAACCCUGGGGGCCAUCGGCCCCACAGGUCCCAAGGGAAGAGAAGGACUACAGGGAUCACGAGGACCUCCGGGACCAGCCGGGGAGAAGGGCAUUAAUGGUCUCCCAGGCAAUGCUGGCUGUCAUGGCCAGAAUGGCCUGCAAGGGAGCCCAGGAUUGGCUGGUGACCCAGGGACUGCAGGCCCCAGAGGUUCCCAGGGUAGAGAUGGCAUCCCUGGCCCAGCAGGAGAGAAAGGAGACAUGGGAGCCCCUGGCAUUGGACCAAAAGGCACAGACGGAAAGACGGGCCAAUCUGGACUUAAGGGGGAUGUGGGGAUACCUGGCCGCUUUGGCCCUCCUGGUCCCUCAGGGCCUUUGGGGGACAUUGGACCUCCAGGCCCCCCUGGUCCUAUGGGUCUAUCUGGAAGUCCUGGCCGGGAUGGAAUGUGCUUUGAAGGGCUAAAAGGAGACCGUGGACAAAAUGGUGUCCCUGGACCCCAAGGUAUGCAGGGGCCACGGGGACCUCCUGGUCCACCAGGACCUGGCUUUAAAGGAGAUAAAGGGAACAAAGGUGCCAUGGGCCUCCUGGGUACACCUGGGUACAGAGGAGACACAGGGGUACAGGGCAGACCAGGUAAUGAUGGCAGACCAGGUGGUUUGGGAGUCAAAGGGGAGAUGGGACAGUUAGGAGACAUCGGACCAAACGGUCAGAAAGGAGAUGCAGGACCUGCAGGACCUGUAGGUUGCCUUGGACAGAAAGGGCAGUCUGGAGCACCAGGGCCUAAGGGGAAAGAUGAUCUCACCGUGGCGGUACUGAUCCCCGGAGAACAGGGGCUGCCGGGUGACCUGGGGGCCAGAGGAGAGCCUGGACCCACAGGAGCUCAGGGACGCAACGGACCACCAGGACUCCCAGGUCCAAAAGGUGUCUUGGGCCUAGAUGGGCCAAUAGGACUGCCUGGAUUCCAGGCAGCCAAGGGAGACAGAGGGUUCCCUGGACCACAAGGUAUCCAAGGUGAGCAGGGGACUCCAGGAGCCAAAGGCCCCCGGGGCUCUCCAGGUCCUUACUUUGCCGGGCCAAUAGAGGACGGCUUCCUCUUCACCCGUCACAGCCAGAGGCAGAAUGUGCCCCAGUGCCCAGGGGGCAGCAACUUCAUCUACUCCGGAUACUCCCUCCUCUUCAUCAACGGCAACAACAGAGGUCAUGGCCAGGAUCUGGGUACACUGGGAAGCUGUCUGCCUCGUUUCUCUACCAUGCCCUUCUUAUUCUGCAACACGGACAGCACGUGCCGCUACGCCUCCCGUAACGACUACUCCUACUGGCUGUCCACGGAUGAGGCCAUGCCAAGCGACAUGGCCCUCAUCUCUGGUGGUUCACUGGAGAGCUAUGUCAGCAGGUGUGCAGUGUGUGAGACCAAAGCAAACAUCAUCGCUGUUCACAGUCAGACCAACCAGAUCCCUGUUUGUCCACGGGGCUGGCUCUCUCUCUGGGCUGGCUACUCUUUUGUCAUGCAAACAGGGGCUGGAGCGGAGGGCUCUGGCCAGCCCCUGGCCUCUCCGGGCUCCUGCCUAGAAGAGUUCCGGAAGAUUCCCUUCAUUGAGUGCCAUGGGCGAGGGACAUGCAACUACUACACUGACUCCUACAGUUACUGGCUGGCCUCGCUGGACCCCGAAAACAUGUUCAGUAAACCCAGGCCUCAGACAGUGAAGGGAGACUGCCCGGGUAGUAUAGUCAGUCGUUGUCAGGUCUGUAUGAAGCAGUGGCAGCGACCCUAAGAGCUAAAGAACUGAUGGGGAAUGAACUGGAGAUGCACCUCCCACUCUCAGCCACUGUAGGGCAACAAAGAGACGGAUUAAUUCUUGCAUUUCAAUCAUGGUGCUUCCUGGGAGACCAAAGGAUGUCUCAGUUCUUACAAGUGCUGAUCCUCGUUUCCAUGUUUCCUCCCCUCCAGUCCUCUCCUCGCCUCACUUUGACGUUUUCAGCAAGGGAAGGACAGAAGGAGAGCGCACAAUGAAACUAGGAAAUACUAUUGAGAUGCAACCCAGUAGUGGCCUCUGCUCAAUCUGACGUUUUGUUCUCAGUUUUACGGCUUGUCUGUAUUUUGUUUGUGUUGUUAAACCACAUGACUGUUUUACGGUAGAUGGUCAGUGUGAUCCAGGGCUCGAUUCAAUCAGUUCAGCAUUAAGCCGUGAUAACCGACAACUGCUUAGCAUAAUCAUGCGAUGACGGAGGUGUAACUGCGUUGGAGCCGAUGGCACUAUCAAAUUAAUGUUUUUUGAUAGCUCCAAAAGUUAAUAUGUUGUCACAUGUGCUAGCAAAGCAGAGGUCCUGGGUUUGAGCCUCAGUGUGAGACAAAUCAGGAGGAAGUGGUUCUUGCUAAUCAAGCAGUGUGAUGUCAGUAGCAGUGGUGGCAUGACCCGGAUGCACAGUUGGGCUUAGGUCGACAGCUGGGGUCACUCUCUUUCAAGCGAGUUUAGAAGGGUUGGAAGUUUACAUGCACUUAGGUUGGAGUCAUUAACUUUUUUUCAACCACUCCACACAUUUCUUGUUAACAAACUAUAGUUUUGGCAUCUACUUUGUGCAUGACACAAGUAAUUUUUCCAACAACUGUUUACAGACAGAUUAUUUCACUUAUUAUUUCACUGUAUCACAAUUCCAGUGGGUCAGAAGUUUACAUACACUAAGUUGACUGUGGCUUUAAAUAGCUUGGAAAAUUUCUGAAAAAUAUGUCAUGGCUUUAGAAGCUUCUGAUUGGCUAAUUGACAUCAUUUGAGUCAAUUGGAGGUGUACCUGUGGAUGUAUUUCAAGGCCUACCUUCAAACUCAGUGCCUCUUUGCUUGACAUCAUUGGAAAAUCGAAAUAAAUCAGCCAAGACCUCAGAAAAAAAAUGUGUAGACCACAAGUCUGGUUCAUCCUUGGGAGCAAUUUCCAAACGCCUGAAUGUACCACGUUCAUCUGUACAAUAAUUCUGAAAAAGCUAUCAUGAAUCCUUCAUACAUCCUUUGGUUGUUGAAAGCAUCUACCCGCUCUGACAACUUAACUUAUAAACAUUGAUAAAUCAUGUUAAACAUAAAGACACAAAUAACAUUUGUUUUCUUUUGGAAUUCAUGAUUUCAAGCUCAAAUGAUUAAUACCAUUGAAUACUUGUACAGUAAAUGCUUCUUUAACAGCUGGUCCAGGGUAAAAUGGUUGUUUAACUCAAUGGUAAGGAGUAGGAUGGGGGUUGAGAAAGAGAUGACCCUAGAACAGAUGUUAACAGCAAAAUAACCAUAACCUUGUUGUGUAUUAUGCUAACUUAUAGUACACAAGUAUAAACACCAUAAAACAAACCGCCAUAAAAAGCAAGACUACGGACUGCAAUUGCACAUGGGGACAAAGAUCGUACUAUUUGGAGAAAUGUCCUCUGGUCUGAUGGAACAAAAAUAGCAGGAUGAAUUCUGAAGUGUUUAGGGCUAUAUUAUCUGCUCAGAUUCAGCAAAAUGCUUCAGAACUCAUUGGACGGCACUUCACAGUGCAGAUGGACAAUGACCCGAAGCAUACUGCGAAAGCAACCCAACACUUUUUUAAGUCAAAGAAGUGGAAUGUUCUGCAAUGGCCAUGUCAAUCACCUGACCUGAAUCCAUGCAUGUCACUUGCUGAAGGCAAAACACCCGAAGAACAAGCAGGAACUGGAAACAGUAAAGGCCUGGCAGAGCAUCACCACGGAAGAAACACAGCAUCUGGUGAUGUCUAUGGGUUCCAGACUUCAGGCAACCAAGUAUUAAAACUCACAAUUUAAGUUAUGAUUGUUAGUUUGUCCAGUUACUUUUGAGCCCCUAAAAUUGUAUAAAAAUGGUUGUAAUUCCUACACAGUUCAUACAAUAAUUUUGACAAAACCCUUAAACUAAAUAUGAAAGACUACACUUAAAGCACAUAUUGAUUGUUUCCUUUCAAAUCCAUUGAGGUGGCGUACAGAGCCUAAAUGAUGCAAAUUUUGUCACUGUCAAAAUACUUAUACCUGACUUGAUUAUAUAAAUAAUGACACGCAAAAAUCAUUCAACAAAAUAAUAAGGAUUUAUAUCAGCCUUAUCAAGGUCUGGAUUCACACUUUCCAGUGUUUGAACUUGUAAUGGCAUGGGAUGUUUACUAAUGCGACUUGGUGUAUAAAGUUGGGUACUGCUUGUGGAUUUGACAGCUCCAAUGCAAUUACACCACCGACACGGCCCUAAACAAAACAAAUUAUAUGCUAUGCAGUUGUUGAAUAUUGUGGGUUAACGCUGAACUGAUUGAAUCUAGGCCCCAGUCUUUUUUAUACAUUUGAAUGGAAAGUUAACUGCCUGACAAAGUUUCUGACUGCCUGAUGGCUCUUGUUGGAUGCUAUGUAACAAGGAGGAGGAAUGCUGUCUUCACACAAAAGUAAAAAAUAAUACUAAAUGUGUUGUGCAAAAGUAAAAUACGCACACACAAAAAAGAUCUAAAAUAAUCCACAAUUCAUGGUGCAAAAGUGAAACAUGCUUUUAAAAAGAGUGAUCAUCUUUUGUACCUUUCCCUCUCACAUUUAGUCAAAUAAAAAUAUGAAUUUCCCUCUGAAUACAGAGAUGUUUUGCAGUGUGCAUAAUAGCCUCUCCUUCUCCUUACUGCUACUACGGCUCCAUUACCUACAGCAUGCUGACUGAACACAUUUUGGCUGGGCAGAAACAACUUUUUCUCAUGACUGGAUACACAUUUCAAUGAAAAGUUAAGAUUGAAUUCCACCACUUUUAAACCUCAUAUUCAUUAUCUCCAGCACCAUACCACAUAUGUGCAAACGGCACGUUUUACAGUCUGUAGUAAAAUGAUAAGAAGAAAAGGUCCUAAGAAAGUGCCACAUGAUGAUGUCAUCAACAGUAAAAAAGUAAUAAUGUUGUUGUAAAUAAUGAAUAUAAGUUUAAAAAGUGGUGGAAUUCCACUUUAACUGUCUGGCCAGUUACCUGAUGGCCUGUUUGUUUGUUGAAUGUUAUGUUGUCCAUUGGGUGCUAUGAGUAUGCUAGCAAUCUGGUAGAAGAUUGGUACCUUAUUGGGGGUACCUUACCCCAAAGCUAAUCUUAACCAUUAGGGGGAUGAAAGAAGAUGAUCAGUCAGUUACAGAUCAGCCGUUAAGGCCAGACAGCUGAACUAGGAUCAGUUUUGAUAUCUGCAAUUGAGUUUUGAGGGAAAAGCAUUAUCAUUUCACUUAAAGCCAGCAAGUAUAAUGCACUGUCAUAAAAAAUAUAUGAUACUCUAACAAUAUCUUAGUAGCAUCUCAGUGAUCCUGAGUUAUUAACAAUAUUUUUGAGUCACAUAGAAAGAUUGAACAGAUGUGUCUGUAUAAAAGAUUGAGAGCCAAUACAUGCUUAUAAAAAUGCAUUAUACCGACAUAAGUAAAGUAUUACCAAAAAAGCAUUUAGCAAUGAAACGUGUCGCUCAUAUCACUAGAUCUGAUUUCAUUAGAAGUUCUUAGUAACUUUAUCUUACAUUUCUAAACACUGUAGUUGGUUGAAUACUGCUGUAUACCCACAAUGGACAUAGAGCAAUUAUGUUGUAAUAAUCACUUUGUCAGGGAGAUAUUGAAUAAUAUCAUUAAGCAUUUGUUAACAUGCUCUCAACUUGGCCCUUUAAAAAGAUUGAGCUUAAGUGUAGUAUUUAUAUGGAGAGAUACAGUUAUCAUUAUUUCACUGUCCAUUGGCGUGUUGCAUAAAAUUCAAUUUCGACUCUUUCUAUGUAUUAUUUCCAAUGGAACCAUGGCCACUGUGUUGAUCACUUUUAAUACCAAAGUGAGUAGGCUAUGCAUUUCCAUUUUAUCUGUACAAUAAUAUCACCUUGGUUUCCUUAUAGCUUUCCAAUAUUGUGCCUUGCCUCCAGCCUUUUAACUGACAUAGUGUACCAAGUGCUUCCUUGCUUUUCAAACAAAAUAUUGUACUGUACUUGACACAAACAAAAGCAAUUCAGAUAAAUACCCAGAAAAGUGUUGUCUUAAUGAAUUAGUGGAUACUGUUGCACUCUUUUGUAUAACAUAUGUACUUCAUUAACAUUGUGUUCCGAUGCUCAUUUCUGUGUGGUGAAUGUUGUCAGCCUUGAGUUGAAUGGUUUUCUGUUCCAGGUGGUGCUAAAUUAACACAAAGGUACAGGAAUGACUUAACGUUCUGCCAUACUACUGUGUAUAUCAUCUACUGUAUCAUCUUAAUUUAUCUCAGCCAGAAGCAUAGGGGUAUGAUAACUUAAACUGCCAUGUAUAACUGCGCAUGGAAAUGAACUCAAAGGUCGCUCUUGUUAUUCUGUAUUGCAAGCAGCAGCCACAUGUAUUAAACAAAUAAGGGUUUCAGACCCCAUUGCAUGCCCAAUGGUUUUCCCUCAAUGGUUCUAAUGAACCGAAACAGUUCAGAAUGGAAUCUGUCUGGGUUCAUCACACCUGUCUGUGUGUUUUCUGUGCAUGCUUGCGUGCUGUGGUGGAAAUUAUUUCUGCAUGUGAAAGACAAGCCUGGCUUCUCCCCUCUCUGGGUACCAGGUGACUGAGCCCCGGUGAGGGAGGAAGUGCAACUGCCAACACCAGAGUCCAAAGGGAUACAUUCUAAUAACAAGCAUAUCAUAUAAGCAUAUUAUCCGGAUAAGACAUCUUAAUUAUCUAUGUUACCUAACUAAUUCUGAUUAUUCCGCCACAGUGCGAUUGUGCGUGUGUGUGUGCGUGCAUGUGGGUCCGAUGCAAAUGUUCUGUGCCGUUGAAAUGCUGCAACCCAUAAAUGUCAUUUACAUGUCCUUUUAACAAGCCUCAAGCUCUGCUAUACCAUUAAUCAUACAGUUGUACAGUUAAUCUGUAAUUUCCAAGCUCAAUAGUGUAGUUGUAACACAGUUAGAGAAAUGUAAGUAGGCAUGAAAAUAUUUAAUUGUAAUAAAUUGUUCAUUUUUCCCUGCUAGUUUA